AUGUCGGGUAAAGCAGCUAUAGAAAUCAAGUUAGCAAUAGUUGGGGAGUCAUCGGUAGGUAAAACGUCGAUUUGUAACGUGAUGUCCAAAGGGAGUUUUAUCGAGACAACUCCGACAGUUGGUGCGGAGUUUUACAAAUUCAAAUACACAUUUAAAGACAAAGAAGUGUCAAUUAGUUUGUUUGAUACCAGUGGAGAGGAACGAUUCCAUUCCGUCCCAACAAGUUAUUAUCACAAAGCAUCGGGUGUCAUAGUCGUAUAUGAUGUCUCGAAAGAAGACACUUUCACUAAGUUGGAUUAUUGGGUGACUAGUAUUAAAGACAAUUCAGAUGUGAAGGCUAUCAUAUGCGUCGGUAACAAAACGGAUUUAGAACACAAGGUCAAGAGUGAAAUCGCUAAACAAUACGCACAAGUCAACGGAAUGAUAUUCACAGAAACAAGUGCAAAAAAUAACGAAGGAAUUAAAGAACUGGUCGACGAAAUGAUCGCAACCGUCUUACAGAACUCAGAAAGCUUUGACAUUAAACCAAAUGAAAACUUGACUAUCCAGGCUUUCGAUCAAACAACUCCAAACGCGGGUUAUUGUUGUUAA